AUAAAUGUAAUAUAGUAGUAAUAGUAGUAGUACAAUGUGCAGUCAAACUAAUAAUGUAUAAAUAAAACAUAAUGAUGAAUAUAAAUAAUUCAUAGUAAUUACAAUGUAAUAUCCGAAUAAUCUGGCUACAUAGUUUAGUUGUUACUGAAAAAAUCCUAAUAGUCUUAAAUUUAAUAGCUGACUCGCUGGCCUGGGGUUGGACCAUGUGGUCUAACUUCUUUAUGCAGCAGGAAGAGGAGGGGCGGAUGGGCGUGGCCUCUGCGGGCGGGGCGGGGGGCGUGGGGGGCCGCGGGGGUAAGAGGCCCAGGCCGGCUCGCAUGAGCGAGAGCCAGGAGGGAAAGAUAAAGCUGGCGUUUUUCGUGGCGAUCGUGGGCGUGGUCCUCACCGUGCUGGGCUUGGGGACGGAGUUCUGGGUGGAGCUCUCGCAGCCCAAACACUUCCAGAACACACAGACCUGCAAGAUGGUCCAUUACGGCCUGUGGAAGAGCUGCAUCAGGACACUGUGGGUGAUGGACGUCGACCCGGAGAGGGAGAGCUGUGGACCGGCGGAGCUGCCCGGAGAAUCCAACUGCACGUAUUUCAAGUUCUACACCACAGGAGAAAAUGCUGUCAUUUUUAAGAAAACAACAGAUAAAAACCUCAGUUUAGCCGCGGCGAUGCUGGCCGUGUUCGGUCUGUUUCUGAUGGUGAUGGGCUCCGUGUGCAUCACCAUGUCUCUCACUAAGGGGGUGCCCUUCCUCCUCAAGCCCGCCGCCGUCUGCUUCCUCAUCUCAGGUAUCCUGAUUCUGCUGUCCAUCAUAAUUUUCCACCAAUCGGUGCUGUCGUUGUUGGCGAGUGACCACACAAUCCCGCUGCACUACGAGCUGUCCUGGUCAGUGGCGUGCGUAGGCUCAGCUGGGGCCAUCCUCAUUUUGGGCGGCGUCCUCUUCUUGCUGCUGUCUUUUCCCUUCAGUCUUCUGGAGAAAUGCACGGCACAACACAGAAACAGCGACACCUAGAGGCCUGGAGGACCUUUAGACAUAGAGCAACCGAUGAAAUUUAAACCUGACAAACUGCUUAAAUGUACAGAGUGACAAGAGUGGCAAAGGUAUACAUAUAUUUUAUUAUAUUUUAUGAUUAUGUCUUGACCCCAGAACUGCUUAUCACCCAUUGGAAGUGAGUUUGUAUACUAAGUCACCAAUUUUUACCUGUUCUUAGAUGGUUUUGAUUGCUUUUUAUUGCAUGUUAGGUGCUUUAAGAAUUUUCCAAUAGCCCAGCAAUCAUUAGUUGACUGGUCAAGUUGUAGCCUUCUUUUUCUUAAGUGCCUUUACAGUCAUUAUGCUUAUAUGCUUUACACAGUGCAACGAAAUUCUUUUCUUCUCAUAUCCCAGCUUAGAUGGGGUCAGCCAUGGCAUGGCAACCCUGGAGCAGAGAGGGUUAAGUGCCUUGCUUAAGGGCCCAUGGUGGCAACCUAGCGGACAC